AUGUCCGAGAUCACAGAGAAGAUCUUGUCGCAAUCCAGCCACUGGGCGCAGUUACGCGGAUUCAUCAAGGAAGAUCCGGUCGAUGGGUGGGACAAAGCUUGGCAGCACGAAGUGACGCCGUGGGAUGCUGGAGAAGCGCAGCCACUUCUGCGAUCACUGCUGGCUUCCGGCGGGCUGGACCUACCGGCGACGGGGAAGGCACUUGUCCCCGGAUGCGGCAGGGGAUACGACGCACUUACCAUCGCGUCGGAACUAGGAUAUGAGACACUGGCCAUCGAUGUCUCGCCCGUCGCCGUAGAUAUCGCUAAGCACCAUUCCGCCUCAGCGAAAGUAAAGCUAGAGAUACAAGACUUUUCCGCGGAGAACGGACCGUAUGAUCUGAUAUACGACUACACUGAGUGGGGCCACCAAAUGACUGCACUUGUCAAGUCGGGGGGCUAUCUUGUGACGCUACUCUUCCCUAUUAUUGACCAACCAGAGGGUAUGGGUCCACCGUUCAGGGCAAGACCGGAAGAUUAUGUAGAGGCGUUGGGUGAUAGUUGGCAGAAGGUCUUGGAUAAGGUGCCGAUGGACAGCUUGCCUACACACCAGGAAAUCGAGAGGCUUCUUGUAUGGAAAGGACUAUGA